UAAACCGUCAUGAUGCGUACAUUUGUUGUUUCAUUUAAAUGCUAUUCCUAUAAGACAAGGCAAAUGGUCAAUGGCUCAAUUCUGUUUUUUAUUUCUAGGUUUGUGUGCCUCCUCUGGUCCUGAGGGAGUGCUUUGUCGUGCUAAACCCUAUCCGGUUUAGCACUGACAAGUUGGCUGCGAUGGAUCGCAUUGUUCCAUCCAACCUUGACGUCCCCAUGGGGAAUCGCUCAAAGAAACGGAAGGUGGCACAUGGAACCACGGCUGUGGUCUCCAAAGGAAAGAAGGCCCGCCUUGAGGCACUUCAAACUCCAGCAAGGAUUGCCAAACCUUCGAAGCUGGUACCUCCCCCUCGACCUGUUCCAGAAGCUGCUGUACCAGCUACUCUGGAGGGCGUACCUCCUCCUCGACCUGUUCCAGAAGCUGCUGUGCCAGCCACUCUGGAGGGCAGCGUCUUUGUGCAUUCGAGCAAGUUUGCUCAACCGGAGGGGGAUGACAAGACUCUGUGUGUUGAUGAGUGGCCGUUUCUUCAAACAGAGUUUUGUGAGAAGGUGAACCAGCCAACUGCUCGGGUUGUCUCUGGACAGAGAAAACAAGAGGAGCCAACACCUUGGGGGCCAAAAGUUGUGAUGGCCCAGGCUGAUAAACCAACAGCCAAUGAGACCAGCUUCUUGGGAUGUUCAACCAAGGUAAUGACAACAAUAUAA